UCAGGGAGGAGCUCUGAAACGCGAGGUACCACAGCCUGGCAAUGCAACAGACUCACUGAAGUGAUGACAGGACCCAGGGAGAAUGAUGCUUUCUUUGGGCUGGAUUUUUCUUUGGCUUGUCACAGGAGAGAGAAUUAAAGGAAUGACUACUUCAGAUUGCCUCACCAAAAAACUGCUCUGGGAAUAUUCUUCAAGGAGUGAGGAGUUUGUUCUAUUUUGUGACCUAACAGAGUUACAGAAAUCCCAUUUGUACCACAGAAGUCAAGUCUUACCAACCCAAGGCUCUGAAAACUUGCCCUGCAGUGGUCAUGAGGACCUAUCUGAUGUCCAGUGGUACCUACAACCUCAAAAUGGCGAUUCAUUAGGGGAAAUAACUAACAACUUUCCUCACAUCACCCAGGACAAGAGCAACCUAUGCUUUCUGACCGCAGGAAUAAGUAAUGCUGGGUCAUAUAUCUGUAGACCUAGGAUCCGGACCCCUCAGGAUGAGGCCUGUUGUAUCAAGACCAUCUUAGAAGUUAAGCCUAAGACAAAUCUAUCCUGUAUACCAAAUAACUCUGUAUCACAGCAAUACCUUCUUUUUGGUAGCAUUGCCAAAAUUAAUUGCCCUAGCCUCAACUGCCAAAGUGAUGCACAAAGUCCAGAGGUGACCUGGUACCAGAACGGAAAACUACUCCCUAAAGAAAGGAGCAACCCAAUUGUAGUGAAUGAAGUUUAUGAAACCAACCAGGGCACAUAUGUAUGUGAUUACACUCAGUCGGAUAAUACAAGUUCAUGGAUAGUCAGAGCUGUUUUUCAAGUGAGAACCAUAGUGAAAGACACUACUCUCAAACCAGAUAUUCUGGAUCCCAUCAAGGAUGUGCUGGAAGUAGAACUUGGAAAGCCUUUAACUCUUAACUGCAGGGCACGAUUUGGCCACCAAAGGGACUUUAACCCUGUAGUGAAAUGGUACAUUAAAGAUUCUGACCAGGAGAGUGAAGUCCCAACACCCGAGACGAUCAGAGUUAAGCACACCAUAAAGGAUGAAGUCUAUGAGCGCGUUAUCCACUUGAAAGAAGUUACUCAGAGGGAUCUUCGCAAGAAGUUUAUUUGCUUUGCCCAGAACUCCAUCGGGAACACUACCCAGUCCAUCCAACUGAAAGAAAAGAAAGGAGUGGUGUUCAUAUACAUCUUACUUGGCACCGUCAUGACUCUGGCAGGCAUGCUGACGGCAGGUGCUCUGCUCUACAUGUACUGGAUUGAAAUAGUCCUGCUGUACCGAACCUACCAGAGCAAGGAUGAGACACUCGGGGACAAAAAGGUAUUUGAUGCUUUCAUAUCCUAUGCGAAAUGGAGCUCCUUUGAGAAUGAGGCCACUUCAUCUUUAAGUGAGGAAUACUUGGCUCUGAAUCUGUUCCCUGAAGUUCUGGAAAAUAAGUAUGGAUACAACUUGUGUUUGCUCGACAGAGAUGUGGCCCCAGGAGGAGUGUAUGCAGAGGAUAUUGUGAACAUUAUUAAGAAAAGUAGAAGAGGAAUAUUUAUCUUGAGCCCCAACUAUGUUAAUGGACCCAGUAUCUUUGAACUACAAGCAGCAGUGAAUCUUGCCUUGGAUGAUAAAACACUGAAACUAAUUCUAAUUAAGUUCUGCUCCUUCCAAGAGCCAGAGUCUCUACCUCAUCUCGUGAAGAAAGCUCUCCGGGUUUUGCCCACAGUCACUUGGAGAAACUUAAAAUCAGUCCCUCCCAAUUCCCGGUUCUGGACUCAGAUGCGCUACCACAUGCCAGUGAAAAACUCUAAAGGACUCAGGUGGAACCAUCUCGGAAGUAUCUCCAAAGUUUUUCACUGGAAAUGACUCAGUAAAACAGAAACCACUGGGAGGAGCUCCCAGCCUAGAGAAUGGUCAAGCGGACAGACCCUGAGCCACCUCCUUCCCAUCCCUGGGGAGUAGAGAUGUCAGUGGAAAGAACACACAGCACGGAUCCAGCUGAUACAAGAUGGGGAGGGCUUUGUCGACACUGAGCAAGUCUGACAGGCCCCAGAAUGAUGAGGAACCUCUGGUUAGAGCCUCUGAUAUUCUGUGGACAGAGGGAGAGUAAAUUCUCUAGAUGCUUGCAUGCGUUCAGCACACAGUGCCCCAGAGAC